CACGCGAGUGCACAAUUUUUGUCACAUAAUCGCGAAGUUUAGUUGACGAGAGUGAAACGGCAUCGAUACUUUCCAGUAAUGAGCACAAUAUUGACAGUGAAAGACCAGAAGUUUACACAACGCCUACACAACAUCCGUAAUGCGUCAGGUCGCUUUCGGAAAGUGGAAGCGAUCGAAACCAGAAAAGAAACAAAAAUAAAAAGGUUACACGGAGGGUUCAAAACGUGGAAUGCCAAAAGGAAGCUCCAGUAUGAUAACAUAUCCAAGGAAAACGAACCCCCAGCAAAACGAAUGACACGAGCACGUGAGAAUAAAGCUAAGAGGAAGGCGAACCUGCCACAAGGAUCCAGACUGGUGGACUUAGAAACCCUUACAGAUGGUCUGAAGGAAUGUUUAUUUUGUCAUUACGGCCCUUUGUCUCUUGGCAAUGUUAUUGAAGAACAGCACAGUGGCUUGGCAAGCACGUUUACUGUUAUAUGCAGCCAAUGCAAAGCGGAAAACACCAUUAAAACAUCAAAAGAGCACAGAUCUGGUGCACGCGGUCCACUGACCUUUGAUGUAAACACGAGAGCUGCCCCUGGCUGUUUACACACAGGAGUGGGCAACACCCAUUUAAACAAUUUACUUUCAAUCCUCAAUGUGCCUGCACUGAACUCAUCAACUUUUAAAAAUCGGGAAAGGGAAGCUGGAAAGGCAAUAGACCUAGUAGCAAAAAAUAGUUGCCAGCAAUUCCUAACCCUUGAACGAGAGAAGGCAAUUGAAAAUGGUACCAAGCCUGACCAGAACAAUCUAGUACCUAUUGCCUGUUCUUAG